CGUUAAUGCAUUGUACGAUGAUCCAAUCACCUUACUCGAAACGUUGGUAACAUAUGUAAACAACAUGGCGGAACUGUCAUUCCUUAAUCGCAUUUGAAAGCAUCAAAAAGAUCAACCAUCAAAAUGGCGUAUUUACUUGGUGCAGCUGGUGUUAUGGAGAGCCUUCAAAAUGAUGUUAAGGAUGUACAAACAUGUAUUGUUGACAUAACAUCAAGAAUAGGAACAGUGACAUGCACAUCCUGGAAGUUUCCAGACAAGCAGGCUGUCAGCCUUGACAUUGAAGAUCUCCUGGACCUCUACAGCUACUCUGAUGACCCUGAAGAAAGACAGGUGGCACAUAUCGCCCUUUAUGAGCUUGUUAUAGAUAGACUGGUGCUCUUGCUGCACGUCAUGGCCAGCUACACUGAGGGAUUGCUGAGAACAUUGAGCAAGGAGUCGGAGCACACCAACAUCGCUGGCACAUCUGUGGGUGUCGUCGUUCGCAAAUACUGGUCCAGGCUCUCACAGCUGCAGACAGUUGUGAAACAAGCUGUGCAAGAGAAAAAUGCCAUGUCCCGCGAGGUUGGUGACUUAGAAAAUGAGGUGAGGAGACUUGAUAUGGAGCUGAAGCAGUCUUACUCCUCCAACAGACCCAAGACUGGUGGUCUUGGUGGACUUAUACCCCCAAACAGAGCUGAAAUGAUCAGUGGUCUGAGUAUAGAUCCCUCGAAAUUGAAAGAGUUUGGACUACUAGGCAGAGACGAAUAUAACAAGGCCUCUCAGACAAAUGAGACUGCUUUUACACCUUGUGACGCGUGCUCCAUAGUGCAAAAAAGCUUCAGACAGAGUGGUGAAACCGUAGUAAGCAUUUGUCAACAGCAGCAGAUUCCAUCAUGCCUUCAAAAAUUCCGCCCGCAAGUGUCCCACCUUGAUUGGUUGCCUAGCAAUGAUGUGUCACGGUGGGCUGCAGAACAAAACAAAGACCUUCAGAGGAUCAGCAAACUAACUGCCACAAUCAAACCAAUCAAAGACGAGUUGAACGAGUGCAGGGAAAAGUCAGAGAAACUCGAAAAGCGUGUGCAGAAUUUUGACCGGGAUUUAAAGCGGGAAAAAGACGACAGAUCGGCCUUGCAGAAUGGUUAUGAGAAGAAGAUAAAGGAGAUAGAGAUGCAGCACACGAAGACCCUAGAGCUGGAGGUGCAACAGAGGGAGCUACUGGAGAGGCACAAACAGGAGCUGGAACGCAUGCUGAGUCAGCAGAAACACGAGCUGCUGGAGAAACAGUCCCUGCUUAGAGACAUGGAAAACAUCAAAUCCAAUCUGGAGCAAGAACUUACAGGUAGCAAAGUGAACCAUGUGGAAGUGCAGCGACUUCAGCGUGAGAUGACCUGCCUGCAGGGAAAGCUGGAAGAGGUGGCCUGCAAGAUGGCAGAGUCUGCUAAGGAUCUGCAGAAGGAACAGGCCAAGAAUAAGAGUGUCUCAAAGCAUACACAGAGUCUGCAGUCAAAACAAGAGUCUUUGAUGAUACGUAUUGAGGUACUUGAUGAGGAAAAUAAGGAACUUAAAGACAAACUUGCAGAAAUGGAGGACGAAAAAGAUACUGUUGAUGAAAAAUUUGAAGAAUUCAAAAGGCAGAUAACUCAGAAAGAAAAUACAUUGAAAGAGAAGCAAUCGGAGAUCGAUCACCUGUUGGCAGAUAAAGAGAGCCUUGAGCAGUCCAUUCAUACCCUGGAGGUCACUGUGUCCACUCUGAGUGACCGACUAGAGGAGGCCAAGGAACGUGAACGCCUAAUAGUCGAGUAUCCUGACAUUAACGGACCAGUCAACCCUGACCUUUCAGGGACGGGAGACAUCCUGUUGGACAUGGAGAACCAGGUGAAGGCCAACAAUAUCCGUAUACAGCUGCUGGAGAGACAAAAUGACGGGCUCAGGAACUCCAUCAGCAAACUGUCAGGCAUGCAGCAACAGCAGCAGUAUAUGGGAGACGCUGGCUAUGGAGAGCACGCUGCUGGGAAUAAUGGGACUGGUGGGUCAGGACAGAAAUGGGCUGUGCAGAGAAGUAAUCCAAAACAGUUAUGGGACACAAGUUUAGCUCAAAGGCAACGCCAACAUGAUAACAGUGAUGGUGGUGGUGAUGAUGAUAACUACAACCAUCCAGAAUAUUCCAACAUGGAGAACAUGUACAACAAUUCAAAAGACUCAGAAAAACCUCUCCACGUUCCUAGUGGUAUACAUGGAAAUCAGGGAGUUUGGAAUCAAGCCUAUGUGAAAAGCAACAAAACCAAGGUACAAUCCGGUGUACAAAAUAUGGAAUUCGACAGUGGGGCAAUUAAACACCACACAUCACCACUCAAAAAAGAUAGGCCCCCCUUCGGUCAUAGACCUUUGACAACCGAAAGUGGUAAAAAGUCUGUGUCUGAAUUUGUCGUAGGGCGACCAAUAUCAAGACCAGAGAGCACUAAAAUGGGUCAAGGCCAGAGCUCAAGCUCAGGUGUGAAGAGUCGACCCUCUAGCGGAAAAACAUACAUGACUCCUGUCAAUGCUACAAGCAUUGGUGCUUACUUACAGAUGAAGAAAGCUGGUAAACUUAACCUUCCUGAGAAAAAUACAGGGAUGCCAACGCCGCCUGCCAAGCUACGUGUGCCAUCGGCGCCAUCUGAGGACGAAUAUGUGAAACAGGAUAACUUCAGUUGCCAUAACUGUGAUAAGAUGUACACAAAACAGCGUGAUCUGGAAAUACACAUGUCCUACUGUACUGGAUGAUAUGGGCCUACUUGAAUUGACCAUGCGUUCUUCAAAAUAAGUCCAUUGCUGACAUAAACUAAGCUUCUAGGAAAUAUUUAACAAAGUAUUAUGGCAGCAAAUGUCAUGUAAAAUGUUCUAUGUGAAAGCCAAUUAUUUUGUUAAUACUCAAGGUAAACUAUUUAGUGUGAUAAAUACUUUCCAGUUUAAGAUAUUUAUUUGAAUAAAGGACCAGAAACAAACAUAUACCAAAGUUUGCCCUUAUAAGUUCUGUGUAUACAUGUACUAGCCAUAGAAGUGCUGAAAUUUUGGGUAUCUUUGCUUGACUUUUUUGCACCAGUACUGUUACUGUACAGUAGUGAAUGCUGUUAAAAUUGUACUUACAUUUCAUACAAUCUAUUGACCAAAUAGGGGAAACACAGAUAGUUGUUUCACUUUACACUGACUAUUAUUUUUCUUGUUGAAGGAUUAUGUUACUUCUAUUUUUAUGCUCCCCGAAAAAAAAAAUUCGGGGAGCAUAUUGUUGCCAGUUUGUAGUUCCUUCCUUACUUCCGUCACACUUUUGUUACAGUUUCUCAUAGCGCCUUCAAUAUUUUACCGAUCUCUUACAUAUUUGGCAUGUAGGUACCUUGCAUGGACCUCUACCUUUUCAUGAGGUUUGAGGUCGCUGGGGUCAAGGUCAUCUAGGCUAAUAAUAGAUUUUUCCGUCACAAUUUUGUUACAGUUUCUCAUAGCACCUUCAAUAUUUUUCCAUUCGCUUACAUAUUUGGCAUGUAAGUACCUUGCACGGACCUCUACCUUUUGAUGGGGGUCACUGUGGUCAAGGUCACCAAGGCUAAUAAUAGAUUUUUCGUCACAAUUUUGUUACAGUUUCUCAUAGCACCUUCAAUAUUUUACCGAUCUCUUACAUAUUUGGCAUGUAGGUACCUUGCAUGGGCCUCUACCUUUUCAUGAGGUUUGAGGUCGCUAGGGUCAAGGUCAAGGUCACUAAGGCUUAAAAUAGAUUUUUCCGUCACACUUUUGUUACAGUUUCUCAUAGCACCUUCAAUAUUUUUCCAAUCUCUUACAUAUUUGGCAUGUAGGUACCUUGCAUGGACCUCUACCUUUUGAUGAGGUUUGAGGUCACUGGGGUCAAGGUCAAGGUCACCGAGACUAAUAAUAAAUUUUUCCGUCACAAUUUUGUUACAGUUUCUCAUAGCACCUUCAAUAUUUUUCCGAUCUCUUACAUAUUUGGCAUGUAGGUACCUUGCAUGGACCUCUACCUUUUGAUGAGGUCACUGGGGUCAAGGUCACCGAGGCUAAUAAUAGAUUUUUCGUCACUAUUUUGUUACAGUUUCUCAUAGCACCUUCAAUAUUUAUCUGAUCUCUUACAUAUUUGGCAUGUAGGUACCUUUCAUGGACCUCUACCUUUUGAUGAGGUCACUGGGGUCAAGGUCAACGAUGCUAAUAAUAGAUUUUUCCGUCACAAUUUUGUUACAGUUUCUCAUAGCGCCUUCAAUAUUUUACCGUUCUCUUACAUAUUUGGCAUGUAGGUACCUUGCAUGGACCUCUACCUUUUGAUGAGGUUUGAGGUCACUGGGGUCAAGGUCACAGAGGCUUAAAAUAGAAGUUUUCGUCACAAUUUUGUUACAGUUUCUCAUAGCGCCUUCAAUAUUUAACCGAUCUCUUACAUAUUUGGCAUGUAGGUACCUUGCAUGGAUCUAUCCUUUUGAUGAGGUUUGAGGUCAAGGUCACUGAGGCUUAUAAUAGAUUUUUUUAAGGUGGUUAUUAACACAUAGAUUGACAAAGCGCAUCAUCGGGGAGCAUCCAUCAGUUUCACUGAUAUUCUUGUUAAAUAAGACAUUGUCUAUGAUAAAAUAUUUUUACAACAGCUGUUAAAGAAGUGCUUAUUUAUUACACUAAUGAAUAUCAAAAUAGGUGCCUUAAUUAUAAUUUAUAACCCUUCAAAGUUUGUUGGUAUAUUAUACUGGAAUUACAUUGUUCGUCUGAUUGGUUUGUUGAUUUGUCGUUCAGUUGGUCUGUGGUUUGGUAUGGUAGGCUGUAGAUGUGUUCAUAUGUUCCUAACCAAAUGCUAAGUUUCUGCCCAAUCAACAUGAAACUUUCUAGACAUGUUUUUUAUACUAUGUAGAAUUGUAGAUAUGCAAGAUGUAGAUUUCGCGUAUGCUGCAAAUUGUUUGCAGAAAUGUACGCACUUGAACUUUGCAGAUUUUGGAUGCUGACUUUAUCGUGAAUGUGUUCUUUGUGUUUUGAGCUCCUCACUCAGUUUUGUGUGUAUCUGACAGUUGAACUGUCCCUUAGUCAGUCUGUGCGUCCGUUCGAAAACUUUUAUAUUAGCCAUAACUUUUGCAAUAUUGAAGAUAGCAAGUUUGGCAUGCGUAUCUCAUGGAGCUGCACAUUUUGAGUGGUGCAAGGUCAAGGUCAUCCUUCAAGAUUAAAUGUCAACAAAAACAUAUCCAAGGGAAGUAACAAGCUUUAAAGGGAGAUAAUUUCUAUCAUUUGGCAGAUACAGAUCAUUUUUACAAGGGAAGUAAUAUUUUUAAAGGGAUAUAAUGACAUUUUUAUAUAAAUUAAAUCAAAGCGGAGCAGUAGGGGGCAUUGUGUUUCUGACAAACACAUCUCUUAUUAUAUUUAGAAGUGAAUUACGUUUAUUUUGUGCAUAUUGCAAUAUUCUUUGCAUAGUUUUAAGCCCUUGAUUUUAGACAAUUUAUGCAUACUUCAUUUUAAAUGUGUACUAUGGGACUAUGUGUUGUUAACUCGUCAAAAUGAAUCUAAUAGGUAUGAUGUUCUUACUACGUAGAAAUGACAUACAUUAUUUUUGUGCAUGUCACGAGAUUCUGUGCAGAGUUAAAUGAUCUUGAACUGAGGCAAAAAUGUUUUGUUAACAUGAUUGUACAUGUGUAGUUUGUAUUGCGAACUUUUCUCGCUUUGUGUAGUUUGUAUCGCGAACUUUUCUCGCUUUGUGUAGUUUGUAUCGCAAACUUUUCUCGCUUUUUGUGCUUAUCAAGAUGAAACUUUAUAGAUAUGAUAGUACACUAUGUUUAAGCAAAAGACGUCAUUUUUCUGUAUGCCACACUAUUUGUUACAAAGUUAUAAGCCCUUGAACUUACGCCAUUGAUUAUAAUUAUAAUGUGAUAUUUGUUGUCUUUGUGUGUAAUCAAUGGUAAGUAUUGAACGAAACUAUUUUGAGAUUAAUUUUACAAACAUUCUCGUUUUGCACCUGCUUAAAAUGAUAUGUAGGUAUUUGUCAUCUUCAAUAACUGUUCUAGUUUCUUACUGGCUUAUUACAUGUAUCAUUUUAUUGAAAUAAUACACUCAUAUAUAUUUCUAUUUCAAAAACAUGUAUAUAAUUUUAUUUCAGCAUAUAAUAGUAUAUUAAAGCUUACUUACUUUU